AUGGGCUCUAGAAGUGAGGAAAUCUUGGGCCGCCGGUUGUUCCUGUGGGCCAGCAAAUCCAGCAAAUCCAUCCACUUUCUUCUCGAUUUUCACUUUCUGGCGGGUCCCCCACCCCUCUCUCUCUGUCUGGCUGGCUUCUCUCCACUCCACUUACUCACUUUCCUGUGUGGCCCCCCCCUCCCUCUCUCUCUCGCUCGCUCUCGCUCUUUCGCUCUUUCCCCCCGGGUGCUCGACGUUUCCGUGCAGGUUCUGAGAACUUUUGAAGGGGUCCUGAUCGGCAUCACCUCACUCCACCCACCACUGGCCCGUCCUGCCUUGUUUCUUCCACUCUUCUCUCACUCACACCCUCUGGAUAUGGCUGGUCCUCUUAUUUGA